CUCUUCACUUACCAGAACCACUCAAAACAAUUAAAUUUCUCCUCAAAUUCAAAAGAAUUUAGAAUCCGAAGAGAUGGCACCAAAGGCAGCGGAGAAGAAACCCGCCGAGAAGAAGCCGGCGGAGAAAGCCCCAGCGGCGGCGGAGAAGAAGCCACGAGCGGAGAAAAAGCUUCCCAAAGAAGGAGCCUCCGUGACCGACAAGAAGAAAAAGAGAACGAAGAAGAGCGUGGAGACGUACAAGAUCUACAUUUUCAAGGUGCUGAAGCAAGUUCAUCCUGAUAUCGGAAUUUCCAGCAAGGCUAUGGGCAUCAUGAACUCGUUUAUUAACGAUAUUUUCGAGAAGCUUGCUCAGGAAUCUUCGAAGCUGGCUAGGUAUAACAAGAAGCCUACCAUUACUUCUCGCGAGAUUCAGACUGCUGUGAGAUUGGUUUUGCCUGGGGAGUUGGCUAAGCAUGCUGUUUCUGAAGGGACUAAGGCUGUUACUAAGUUUACCAGCUCUUAGAUUAGGGUUUGUUUUUAGGGUUUGGUUUGUUGGAAAUUGGGGAUCUAGGGUUUUUUUUUGGAUGUAAAGGGUUAGAUUUGGUGUUAAUUUUUCUAUGUUAUAGUUUAAUUUUGUUAUGAACUAAUGAAAUUUCUAUGGUUUUUUUA